GGAGAGCGAAUCUGGUCCUCUGUGCUAGAAUUGAGAAUGCAAACUUGUAUCUGUCAAGUUUGAUGGAAUUUACUAUCAACAGCGCUAUCCUCUGCAUGUUUACUCAGAAGUAAGUCCUGCUGUGUUCAGUGGGGCUUUCUCGCAGGCAGUCCUGCUCCAGGGCCUGUGCCGGAGGGAGUGAUCCGUCUUUACAGUAUGCGCUACUGUCCUUUUGCACAGAGAACACGGCUGGUCCUGAAAGCCAAAGGAAUCAACCAUGAAAUUGUCAAUAUCAACUUGAAAAACAAGCCAGAUUGGUUUUUUGAAAAAAACCCAUUUGGACUGGUACCUGUACUGGAAACAAGCAAGGGUCAGUUAAUCUAUGAGUCUCCAAUUACUUGUGAGUAUUUGGAUGAAGCCUAUCCAGAGAAGAAGCUGUAUCCUACAGAUCCUUAUGAGAAAGCUUAUCAGAAGAUGCUCUUGGAACAUUUCUCCAAGCUAAUUCCUUUGAGUUACAAGUACCUUCAGGCCACCAAGAGUGGAGAGGAUGCGCAGGCCCUGAAGAAUGAGUACUGUGAAAAGCUUCUCAAACUUGAAGAGAUUCUAAUAAACCACAAGACUAAGUUUUUUGGUGGAAACUCUGUUUCCAUGAUUGACUAUCUGGCUUGGCCUUGGUUUGAGCGUAUGGAGUCCUUCCAGUUACAUGACUGCCUGGACCACACACCAGAACUAAAACGCUGGGUUGAAGCCAUGAAGCUGGAUCCAGCUGUCCAGGCAACAGUGACGGACUCUCAGACAUACAAAGGCUACCUUGAGCUGUAUCUAAAGAACAGCCACGAGUGCUGUGACUAUGGCCUCUGAAAGUUGGCGGAGGCCUUUUCAAUGGGUGCUGUCGUAUGCAUAUUUGGUACUGACGGUGCAUUGUCCUGUUUUAGUAUGGUUCUCUGGUUCAUGUACAGUAGGAAGACGGCUGUGGAGAAGUAGCCGGCUGGCUGCAUAAGAAGACGUUCCCUUUCAAAAGGAAAAUGCAGAAGAGUGGGGCAAGAAGAAAAUGUUUAGGAUUUGCCUAUUGUUGUUUGCCCACCAAAGUUGUAAUGUUGUCUCUUUUCCUCAUCAGCUUAAGGCAAGCAUUUGUGCUGGCUCUGCUGCUGUUUGAAAUAAACACACUUUUAAAUA